UUUAUCACCAUGAGGAAAAAAGUUCAUCAAAUUUCAAAUAAAUGAAAAGCUAUUUGCCAGAUGAGAAAAAUGCAUUUUGUAGUUUCCGCAGAUAAAAAGUUAUCAUUCAUAUGAAUACAAGUAAAUGGCAUCUAUGUGAAAUUAUUCAUCAAGAAUCAAAAAACAUGUCAUUUAUCUAAGAGUUUUAUAUUUUUCUUAUUAUAUGUUUAAAUAAAAGAUAAUUCGUCUACCACUAAAUUGUUAAAAAAAUCAAGUACUUAAAAAAAAAACUGAAAAAAAGCGUUUUAAGCAAACAAGAAAUAAAAAAGAAAAAUAACCUGAAAAGCAAAUAUUUCUAGUACAGUAUUUAAAAUUGAUGAUAUUUUAUUGUUCAACUACCAAAAAUAUUUACGAAAGGUCGGUCGUUAAACAAAAAUCGUCUAUAUUUUAUUCAGGAAUAAAAAUUUUGAAAAAUUCAACAUCAUUGCAUACACCAUUUAAAUAGAAAUUUAAGUGGGGAAUCAGUACUAUAUGCUUACAUUUUUUUUGUGACUAUAGAAAGAAUUUUUAAGUAAAGCGAGUUUAACAUAACUAAAGUUACUAUAUUAAGCAAAUUACAACAAAAAUGAAAGCUAACAAAAUAACAACCUGAAAUGUUUUGAAUUUAAAUAUAAUCCAGCAGUCAGGAAAACCAAAAAAAACAACAAUUUGACAUUAAGCUGAGAAGAAUGUACAAUAUCUAUCGUACAGUCAGAAUGACAACAAUAUAGUCAACUAAAGAAAGGAUAAUUUAAUGCAGUAUAAAAACUAAUCAACCAAAUAUAUAUACAAAAUGCAUUGCAAUUUCUCAUAAACCAACCAAAACAAAAAAAAACGAGUUUAUAUUGUGUUCCAUUCAAAAGGACAGUGAAAUAACAUUUUGAACAAAACAGGAGAGACAUAAAAAAAAAUUCCACUUAAGCACCUUAAAAUAUGUAAAAUAUUUUUCUUUAUGGAGUAGAACCUGAAAAUAUGCAAAAAUAAUUGAGGAUUGUGUUGUUUUUCAUUACAAAGGAAAAAAACAAGAACAAAAAAUUGUUUUGCAUUCGACUAUGCUUGGACACUUUGAAUUCACAAUAUAGAAAGGAUAUAUACCUUUUUUCAAAACCUAUUUUAUUUUGUGCUUUUGUUUAAAAUUACAAUCACUUACAAAGACUACGCCUAAGAAUUUUUUAAUCAGACUUGAAAUAUUAAAAGUUAAAAUUUUAAUGAGUGACUCCCAAAGAGGAAUAAUUUUAAAAUUUGGUAUAUGGACCCAAAAUUAAAUUUUGCAAAUGGUUACAGUACAACAUUCUAAAUAAUUUUCAAGGAUCGUUAAUCAUAAUUGAAAACUAAUCAAAACUGAAUAUUUAAAUAUUACAAAUUUAAAUGCAGGAAAAUUACAAUUUUUGCAAUUUAAAAAAUAAAGAAAAAAUACUUACAUUAUCAUUCAGGUUAAAUUCAAUUCAAUUUUAAAGAACAAUAGAAAAUUAAAACAAAAUCCACAUUAAAACCACUAAAGAAGAACAACAAUUUACUCAAAUAAAAAGGAUACUGCAUUGAAAUAAAAAAUUAAAAAAAAAAGGCAAUUUUCUACAUUUUAUAUCAAAUAUGUGUUGGUGUGUGAAUAUAAAACGUGUGUAGACAUUUGAGGUUAGAACUUUCUUUCUUUUGAUUAUACUUUAGUAUUAUUUUGUAUCUUAUGUGUACAAAUGUGUGUUUACCACAAAAACCACUUUUUCACUACUUUUGUUAAAAUAUUUUGAUAUUUGCUCUAUGAGCCUAGAUAUAUAUGGAAGUUUUGUAGAAAAUAUAUAUAAAAAAAAUUUCUUAUAAUAUGUGAACAAUAUCAGAAUGAUUUCAAAGGAAAUUAAUUCAUGCAUAAAAAUAGUCAAACUUAAAUUUAACACUUAAAAUACGAAUUAAAUACAUUGAUAAUUUUUUUUCUAACAAUCACUGGAGUGAAGCGUUUAUGUUUAUAAGAAAACAAUAUUUAAAAUUAAUUUACAAUUAACAAUUGUUUUUAAUUUGAAAAUAUAAAAGUUUUUAGUGCUAUUUAAAUUAUUUUACGUUGAAAGUUGAAAAAAUAAAAUUAAAUGAAAAACAAAACAUGUGUUCCAUUCCCCAUUUUAGAAAUAUUAGUAAAAAUUACACAAUAAAAAUGAAGUUGUAAAUAUUUAACUGUUAUUUAAGAAAUACAACACAAAAAAAUAAAAGAAAACAAAAUUUUAAAAUUAGAAAUUUCAAAAUAAUUGCAAUAUUCAAGCAGUUAAAUACCAGUAUCCUUUUAAAGGAGGAUAUAAAAAUUAAAAAGGAAAGUUUAAGUUACCUUUUUCCAUAAAAAAAAAAACAAAACAAAAAAAAUCCUAAAACUACCAGAAAAAAAAAACAAACGGACCUUAGAUAAAUUUUUAUCAUUUGAGGAGAAAUUAAUUUAACCGGAAAUUAACCGAUUUUAACUUUCUCCUUAAUACUUUCCCAAAAAUAAUAUAUAACAAAAACAACUACACAAAUAGAGGAAGAAAAAAAUGGGAAAAAAGAUAAACAAAAUUAGUAUCCUGCUGGUUAUUUUAAAAUAUAAUCGAAAAUUAUUUUUACCUCAACAUCAAAAAUCACCAGUUUGCAACAGUAUAGUAAUAAAAAAAAUUGUUGAUAACGCUGUUUAGUAUUAAAAACAAAGACCGAAAAAUAAAGCAAGAAAUUAUUUUACAAAUGUUACACAAAAUCCAGGGAAAAUAACUUUUGCUUUUAUGAAGAAAAAUGAGAUAAUAUACCCUGUUUUUUUUUUUGACCAAAAGAAAACUUUCGAAAAACAAAAAGAAUUUGUAUCAAACAGAAAAAGGCAAAGCAAAAAAAAUAAAGGACAUAUCAUCACAUUAAAAAAAAGUUUACCGAAAAAUUAAGCUGGUGGAAAAUCAACAACAAGAAGAAAGAACAAUAAAAGCAACCUUUACAACAAAAACAAAAAAAAGAAACUCCAUUAUAAAAUUAAUUUAUUUUUUUUUAUUUUUUUUUCUACUUUUCCUUAAAAAAAAUAUCCUGCAGUCGAUGUCGACUUUUUUACGUCACGUCCUUUUUAUGCUGGUUCUAUUCACGGCCAAAAGCCUCGAUAAAAUCUCUGUGAACCCAGAUAGAAUUUCUUCACUUAAUAAUAACGGUUUAAACAGCAAUAAAAAUCAUAAUAAUAUCUAUGACAAUAAUAAUAAAAAUAAUAAUGAAAAUAUUAUAAGUUCUCCCACAUUAAAUAAAAAAUUACAUAAUCAUGAUCAAAUAUUACAUUUGGAUCAUGAUAAAUAUAUUAAUAGAAUAACUCCAACGACUAGAAUACAUUAUCAGCAACAACGUCAAAAAAAUAAUAAUUUAAAAUUUUAUUCAAAUAAUGAAGCAGCCUAUCUAUUACCGUUACAUCCAUCAAUGCAACAACAAUUAUUAUUACAACAAGAGUUUGAACAACAAAAAAAAUAUCAAGAUAGUUUACAAAGUAAUGGAUUUACAACACCAUUUCAAUCAUUGACAUCUACAAUUAUUGAUGAUGAUAAUAAUAAUAUUUUGAAACAAAAAUUCAUUAAACCAAAACAAUUUAAUCAACAGCAACAGCAGCCACAAAAGCAACAAAAACAGUCACAUCAUCUGCAACAACAACGAGAAUUACAACGUCAACCGCAAGAAUACCAACAACAUCAAUUACCAUCAGAACACCAGCAAUAUCAUCAAUACCAACAACAACAGCAACAACAUAAUCAUGGUCGUUAUAGCCCACAAUAUUCUCAAAAAUAUACUUAUUCACAAAUAAAUCACGGUUUUAAUAACAUUCAUAACAAAAUAUCACAACAUUUACCACAACCACAAGCUCAAAGGCAAGCCACUAAAAUUGAAUAUUAUAAUACCGGUGGCAGCAGUAAUUCAAAUUCUGGUGGCAUUAAUAAUGAAAAUAAUAAAUAUUAUUAUCAUAAUAAUUUCCAUAUACCAGAUUCAAGUAUAAUUGAUAUUGAUAAUGCUGGCGCCGGUGGUAUUAGUAGCUUAACUAAUUUGCCAAAAAUUCCACCAUUUCCAGCCAUAUCUGCAUUUAAUUUCUUUGGUGGCAAUAAAGGUGGUGGUAGCGGUAGCUCUAGCAGUGGUGGCGGUUUAGCCGAUACACAUAAAAGUUGUGGUGGUAUUUUAAAUGCACGUCACGGUAUCGUACAAACACCAAAUUUCCCUAAUAAAUUUGAAACACCAAUAGUUUGUGUUUGGAUUAUUGAUGCAUCAGAAUUUGCAACAACAGCAACAAAUAUUUCAAUUGUUGUUUAUUUGAAUCAAUUGUACGUGUUAGGUGGGCUAAAAUUUACUGAAUAUAUGUAUUAUAGUGAAGAUUACAAGGUACCAAGUCAUAGAAUAUUUGAGUUAACAGAAGAUGAUGUAACGCAAGUAACAUGGAUACAAUUUCAAAGUCAAUAUUUAGAAAUUCGUUUCGAGAUGAGAUCAUUAGAUGGUACUCAUUUAAGAGCUUUAAAUAGAUUCUUAGAUGUUUAUGGUUUUAAUAUAACGUAUGAAGUGGAUCAAGUUAAAUCAUAUCAGUGCAAUGCAUUAAAAUGUCAUUUUCUGGGACAAUGUUAUGCAAGUGAUGAUUUUAGUUCAUAUUAUUGCUCGUGCUUUAAAGGAUUCAAAGGAAGCGAUUGCAGUAGAGGACCACUUUGUGAACAAAACUAUUGCGAAAAUGGUGGAACUUGCAAACAAAUUGGUGAUGUAGCAGUUAAGUGUAUAUGUCCAAAAGGAUUUAAAGGGAAUAAAUGUGAAGUUGCCGAAAUUACAGAAGUCUCUACAAGUUGCAAUUUGAAUAAGUCAGCCCAAUGUCAUCAUUUGUGUUUACAAAAUGAUGCUGUUAGAGCAAUGAAUAAUGGUUGUAAAUGUAAUAUAACGAAGAUGACGUCACCAAAUACAAAUGAAAAGCAUACAAAUCGGACUGGCAAAACUCGUUUCGAAGUGACAAUUCGUUUGGGAACAAAUUUAACUGCCCUAUUUCGUUCUGUUGAAAAUGCUGAUAAAAAAUCUGGUGAACAUCAUCUACCUACAUUACUUGAAAAAUUGGUAAGUUUUCAUCAUACCGCAUUCAUGGGCUAUAUCUUUUAAGUAAGUAGAGUUUCUUAAAUUUUAAUGUAGAAAAUAAUAAAAACAUAAUAUUUUC